AGGGAGUGAGGGAAGAUCCUGUAAAAGAUUCACAAUGAAGACUCUGUGGGUUGCUGCUGUGUUGAGUUUUGUCUCAGUGGGUCAGUCUGUGCCACUGACUUGUGACAGACUGGCAAAGCCAGUCGAGAAUGCUCCAGAUAUGUCUGGGAGGUGGCAGAUCAUAGCUAUAUCGACAAAGGUCUGUUUGCCCACAGUGCUCCUAAAUAGCAUUUUAUGGCCAAGUUUUGCAAUAGAUGUUACUUCUAAAGGCACACCUAAUCUCUAUAGUGGUAUGUUUAGGAUUAAAACGUAUGGCUUCUGCAUGAAUGAAACAGAGGAUUUUCUCCAAGAUAACAAUAAGCUCUUUGACGUUAACAGAGAAAAUGCCGCAACUGGUAGUCCAGACAUCCUGCUGCAAACCAGCUGCUCUGACUGCAUUGUUGUAAAGUCCACUGAUGUUUUGAACACUCUAUUAUUACUCAGUAGAAGAACAACCAUCAGUGAAGAUGAGCUGAGGGAGUUUGAGACACAGGCACAGUGUGUUCAGUUCUCCAAACCACUUGUUUUAAAUGCAGACCAAGACUUUACUAACUGCCAGGACAUUGAAAACAUCUCUGAAGAACAGUCUGCCUCCAUCAUGACCAAAAUGUAUGAACGAGUGAAAAGCCAUCAGCAGAAUAUUAUCAGCUGUCUUGCAGAUAUCAUUUAUUCUUACAUUAGUGGUAGCAUUAAUUAGAGCAAAAAUAUAGUUUGUUUGUAUGCUGAAAAGUGGCUCCAGAUGAAUAGUUCAACUACUAAACAUACAUCGUCUUUCAAAUGUUUUUAAUUGAAAAGGAAUUUAAGCAAAAUGGUAUCAUCGUAUUCCAGAACAUGCAUUUGGGAAUGACCAUAACACUAAAGUAAUAAAUCCUUAAAAAACA